AUGAACCUAUUUCUCCUUAACCAUUGGAGCUCGUCUCUCGCAAGCGUGAUCUCCAUGGCGGCCGGCACCCAGAACCCGUUCCUUGUCCAUCUCACCCCGAUGAUGUUCAAGUCCAACGCCCUCCUCUUCUCCAUCUCCUCGAUGGCAGCCGGGCAUCUGGCCGUCCUUCGCAACGAUAGUACCCUUCGGACGUUGUCAUCCCGUCACAUGAUCAUGGCAGUCUCGUCGCUUCGAGAGUCCAUACAGACAGAGAACGCCGAGCUGUCUCUCGCCACCAUUCUCAUGCUCCAAAUCUCGGACAGGUUGUUCAACACCGACAGCCAGAUAGACCACCUCGCCGGCGCAAAGGCUGUCAUCAUGCACUCCGGCGGACCAGGGAACUGGACGAGCUCGAGUGCUCAGUUUCUGCUCAGCCUCUGCUUCUACCACGACGUCAUGUCCUCCAUCUCCCGGACAGCAAAGCCCUUGCUGAGCAUGACCAACGUUGCACCUCUAGAGGGCCUGCAAAGCUUGACCAAACUCACGUCGCUUCUAUCAGUCGUCGGGACGAUCAGCAAGAUGCAGGGACAGUCCGGCCCGGCUCACCAACAACGCGGCUUCAACAUUAGGCAGAACCUGCUCAGCAUCACCAUGUCCGAAGACGGAGAUCCAGACAUUGAGAACACCAUACAGGCAUACAAGCAUGCUGCUAUCGUUUAUCUGUACCGGGUGUGGGACGACGGUACUGAGCCGCCAAAGCCGGUGCAUGCCGAGCAAUGCAUUCGUCACUUGCUCAGGGUACCCAUCAGCUCAUCAUUCUGUUCAGCACAUGCGUGGCCGCUCUGGACGGCAGGAUGCGAGUCGGUCGAUCCUCAAAACAGACAGCUCGUGAUUGAGCGGAUCAAAGAGAUGUAUCAGAACAGGCACCUCCCGUCGCUCAAGCGGGUCCAACAAGACAUGGAAGACGUCUGGGUGGCGAAGGAUUCACAGCGUCUACAGUUUGGGACGGAAAAUGUGGAUUGCUGUAAAGUGAUUCUGCAUAACCGUCAUCGAGAGGCAGACCUGGUCUGA